UGUUCGAUUGGCUCCGGUAAUAUUAACAUAAAUAAAAAUAUUGACUUCAAUAUGGUAGAAUUUACGCCUUGUGCUAUUGAGAAAUUAGCAGAAUUACUGCGACCCCCUGAACCGGAAGUGCUUCAAGGGGACGACUUAACUCCAUCAGCUUACGAUAUAUCGUCGACAAGGGACAAAAUUCCGUUGUCUGAUGUAAAUAAAACCCCUAAAAACAUAGAGGAGUUUGAGGAGCAGGAGGCUGCCGAAGCCGAAGCUUUGGGUCAAGUAGGUGCUGGUCUUAGUGGGCGGAAGGUUCCGGAGUAUACUAUGAAUUAUCAACAGGCGGUUACAGCGGAAGACGUUUUCCUCCAGAUUGGUCCAAAGACCCCUGGGUCUGCAAGUUGUGAGAAUCUCAUAGUGCGCAUCAAAAUGCCGGGUGAUAAAAAAGAAAAUGUGGACCUGUCUGUGGACACUGCAAGUGUCUCUGUGGACUCUUCACAGUAUUGUCUGAAGCUGCCGCUUCCACAUGCUAUAAAUCCUGAUCAUUCUAAAGCCAAUUGGGACGCAACGGAAGAAACAUUAGUGCUAACUUUGAAGCUAGAUAGAGAGUUUGAUUUUGUUAAUUUUUAA